CGCGAACGGGAAGCCGCGGGGCACGUAGAAAAGAUCUUGCGCUUGCAGAAGGAACUGGAUGGCGAAAGACAGUUUCUGGAGCUUAUAAAAAUCCAGGUGAAGAAUACACAGGAACUAGCUAACACAGCUGUGACAGCCAAGAACCAAGCGUUGAAGGAGGUGGAGAGCGAACGGCAGCUUCGGGAGGUCGCUCAAACCCAAUUGAAGAGUGCCCAGGAACAAGCUAGCACGGCUGCGACGGCUAGGGAUCAAGCAGUGAAGGAGGCGGAAAAAGAGUCCGAUGAGCAACGUUUCCAGAUAUCCAGCCUUUUAGUCGAGCUCGAAGAUACGAAGAAGCAGGUAGAAGCUGUGGUGUCUCGCGCCACUGACGCUGAAACGGCCAAAGAGCAAGCCCUAGAAGAGCUAGCAAAACACCACUCCAGGCUCGGGGAGAUCGAAA